ACUGCUUGUCGCUCGACCUCGACACCGCCAAGAGACUUUAUUAACGUCCGUUGUUCAAGCCUUUUAAUACCUCUACGACGGCCCUAUCAGUCAGUGGCAAAUCUAAUGAAGAUUGAAUAAUUCUAGGACCCUUGAAUCUGGUAAGAUGAAUCACAUCUGGUCGGAUCUGGUCAGAUCAACGAAAUCAACGAGACACAAAGAGUAUCGAACAGAGUAUACGUAUCGAAUACUCUCUGCUCAGGGGUGCAAACAUACCAGAAAUUAUUUUUCGCAUUCAUUUGUCCCACAUUCGUCCUUCAAAAGAGGAUGGGAGUUAAACCAUGCUUGCCAUGCUCGGCGUUGGGUAAUGCUAGUGGCACGCCGGGAGGUUUUUAAAUGUGAUUAACUAAUCACGUUUGUGUGUAAAAAAUAUCAAUUAUGAUUGGCCGUGGUUUAUGCAAGAUUUUUACUUCAAAUAUUCAAAAGCCAGCUUUUAUUCAGUGCAGAAAGAAGAAUUUUAUUCGCGAUGAUCAUCUACACGAUAUCAAGUUACACAGUUGUUUUAUAAGUAUUUGUUCGUUUUUUGCUAGCAAUGUUGGAAAAUCCAACCAUUUAAGAAAAUAUACAUUUUUUCAAAAUAGAAAGGCGUUUCUGAGUGGUGGCAAUAAUGUAUUCCAAGUUGUUAAGUACGGUUUAACGAGAAUACCUCUUAGCCUAAAAGAACACUCAGUACAGGUAGUGAAAAUGUGCACUAGGCAGUGCGAAUUUGUUAUAGCUCAUAGAAUUCGAAGAGGACAGCAAAUGUUCAGUUUGUACACAAAAAUGUGGGAUGAAGUUGCAUUGAAAAAUCUUAUUGUGAAGAUAAGGAAACAGUUUGCAAGAAGGGGUAGGGAGUUGUUACUAAGUGCUGCUGGAGUAACAGCUUAUAAUUGGGAAAAAAUGAGGAUAACAGAUAAGGAAAUAAAUGGUUUCAUGAAGGAAAUUGAAAACUGUUAUCAUCUACGUGAAGCAACUGUAACAUGCAGAAAAUGUAGUAGACGAGUGAUAUUUGAUAUGCAAGUACCAGAUGUACAGUAUUGUGAUUGCAGUGGAUCAAAAGCUCAUAAUUCAUCUGUUGAACAAGGUUGGGUCCCAUUUCUGGAAAGAAAUGACUUAAUUGUUUGGAGGAAGGAACAUCCUGAAUGCCAUGGUCUUUAUGCUUAUAAGGUGUAUGCCUCAUAUGAUGAUGUAACAGCUUAUGAUUUCUUGUGUGUUCAACUGGACACUGAAUAUCGUAAAGAAUGGGAUCAUACAGCAGUUGAAUUGACAAUACUAGAAACUGAUCGCUCAUCGAACAGUGAUAUCAUAUAUUGGGUAAUGAAGUGGCCGCGCAUGUUCAGCAACAGAGACUAUGUAUUUAAUCGUCGAUAUAAAAUUGAUGAGAAGGAGAAAGUUAUGGUGGUUGUAAACAAAUGUACCGAACAUCCAAAAUGUCCUGAAAGAUAUGAAAAUAUAAGAGUGAAAAAGUACUGGUCUUCAAUGGUCAUCAGACCUCAUAAGGAGUUCGAUGAGCCUGGGAUUGAAUAUUGCUUAACCUAUUUUGAUGAUCCAGGAGUAUCUAUUCCAUCAACAAUUACAUCUUGGGUGGCUGUUAGUGGCUUACCUGAUUUUCUCACAAGACUGAGGGAAGCUGCCCGUCAACUUGCUAUUCGCAGAAAACAUUCUCAGUAUCAUUGGAUACCCAUGCCCCAACCAGAACCUGAGGAGCCUCCUAAGUCUACAACCAAUCUUCCACCUGAGGUUACUCCGAAAGUCCCCCUAACUUCCAGUCAGGUUUCUCACCAGGAACCGCAAGACAGUUACCUACAGUUAAGUACUGCUAGACUGUUUCUUUGACAAGAAUUUCAAAAUGUUUUUAAAUGUGGGUGAGGCUGAAAAUAUCAACAACCAGUUCCUACUAGUGUUUGCAGGAACCUAAAACCACCACUGUUUCUAAGAGUGAUUCUUAUUGGUAAAUCAGAUGAAAUGCAAUGUCUGCUUUAUGACCAGAUUUUCACAAGACAGAUCUUGAUGAAUGAACUGCAUGAGCUGUGUAGUACAAGGAAAUAAUUGUUAAAUUAGAGAGUUGUAUAUGUAUAUAAAAAUCUUUAUAGUAUUAAAUGGAUUAUUUGUUGAAUCAAUUUCAUUAAAUGAAAUUAAAAGUUUGGAUGAUGUAGUGCUAUGGAGUUUUCUAGUCAAAUUUGUUAUUGUAUAAUUCAUUUCCAUGCUGAAGGUGAGGUAAGGUAGCAAUCAGAGAAUGUCGUGAAAUAAUUUGUCAUUUUGUAAGCGUAUCUUUAAUUUACAAAUAAAAAAUAAAAUAUUAACAUU